AAUCACAUAAUAGGUGGUGGGUGAUUGGCUGUUAACCCGCCUGUCAGUAUAAAACAAGUCAGGAACAGGAUUCGAACAUUCGUUGUUCAACACACUUCAAACGACGAGAGACGCGCGAACCGUGAACUAUUCUUCGUCAAAUAUCCUGUACUGUUUAUUAUUUUAUCGUCUGCUCCGACUAAUUCAAGAUAACAACAUGCUUGACAGGAUCUUCGUAUCUGCUUGUUUAUUAUCCGUUGCAGUCUCAAGUGUGAUGUCAGCUACCCUUGCUACCAGCUGCAAAUGUUCGAAGAAAAUUGAGAAAUGCCCAAAACUGAAGUGCCCUCCAGGCUCACUGCCUGUGGAAAAUCCUUGCAAAGGUUGCUGUCGUGUAUGCGGAAAGACAGAAGGCGAGGAAUGCGGGGGCUUGAACGAUAUAUAUGGACGUUGUUCACCCGAUCUAAUAUGCCAGCCCGGGUUAUUUACCUUCAGCAAGCUGAGUAUUCCAAAGGGAACGUGUAGCAAACCAUUUGGUUUUGAUAUGACGGCAGAUUUUAUAAAACUAGAAGAUUUGCAUGAUGAUCUCUGGGAUGAUAGUUGGGAAUUCUCAUUUGGCUCAUCAGAGGAAGUCAAGGAAUUAUACAACGUUUUCGACGUAUCGAAAGAUUAUUUGAGACCAGAAGAUGCGAAUCCAGAAUUGUGGGAAGGCUGGGAUUUCUCGUUCUCAUCGGACCAACAAUCAGACAAAAUGUCAGACUUCGACAAUGGUAUAACACAGAGGGAAUCGUCGUCGUCGUCGAAUGAGAUAUUUGAUGAUUGGUUGUUUUCGUUCUCGUCUGGGAGUGUAUCUACAUUCAAUGAGAAUGAGAUAAACAGUCGCAAUUCAGAAAAUAACGACGUUGAGGGCAGUGGUAAUUUCUUCAACAAAAUCAACGCACUAGACUGAUGGGAAAGAUUGAUAGCAGAGAGCCAAAGAAGCGAUAGACCUAUGUUUUAUUGGCUGACACUGAUUGAUUGAUUGAUUGAUUGAUUCAAUUAAUUCAAUCCAUUCAAUCAUAAAUUUCCCCUGAUGAAGUCGCAUAAUGCAGAUCACAAAGUAUCACGAAAAUAUUAAACAGAUGUAAAUAUGUAUAAUAAAUAUUAGACAAAAACCAACAUAAACCUUAUAAAAAUGUAAAUAUAAAAUGCUUCAGGUAAAACUCUUUGAAGUGAAUUAAUACUACCGGUUCGUAUGAUAAUACCUGUAGAUUGAUGAACUACAUAAUCAUGUCAGAAAUUUAUCAGGUUAUUAUGUUAAUAUUUAUACCAUUAUUAUUAAAUGUAAAAUUAAUACUGUAUCAUUAUUUCUUUCUGCUACUUUUGUCAUUUACGAGGCCCUAAUUACCCAAAAUAACCCCCCCCCCCCCACCACCCACCCCAUUCGAUAUUGGCAAUGUUCCAUGGUUGUAUGCCACUUAAUUAAAAUUAUACAAAACAUAGUUGAUCGCCAAAACCGCUUUUGGUGUUACUGACCCUUAUAUAUUUCAAUGACCCCCUUGCUGACCCUAGAGUAUGUACAGACCACCUGUAUGUGUCUGUCGACUCCCGAGGGAGCAAUAGACCCCAGGUUGAGAACCGUGGUUUUAUGCCAUCAUUUCCCCAAAAAAACAAAGCUUGCACACAGACCAAAUUAAUGCUUUACUAAAUGCAAUAAUGCAGAAUAGUCUCCAAAUGAUUUUAAGAUAAUCAAAUACUGUAUUAGUUAUGCAUACUAGCAUCAUUGCUAUGCAGUAGUUAGUAAAGAUGUCAUAAUGAUGUAAAUAUGUAAAAACUGAUGUCAUGAAUAAUUUAAUAUGUACUGAAAAUAUUUGUUAUUACAGUACUCUGUUAUGUUAAUGCUGAUUACUAUUUCUUAAAUCCUGCAAGUCUACGACUGGUGUACUUGACAAAGAUACUCCUCAUUCUGUGUAUUCAUUAAAAUAUAUUAGGCCUACGUCAAA